AUGACGGCCAUUACUUAUCUAGAAAUUAUUCUUUUUCUAUUCUUGUCCUUGUGGACCAUCUAUGGCGCUAUAUAUCGUCUAUGCUUAAGCCCCAUUGCCAAGUUUCCGGGCCCAAAGCUUGCAGCUUUGACAUCGUGGUAUGAGAUCUACUUCAACAUCGUGCGUGAUGGACAGUGGCUUUGGGAAAUCAAACGAAUGCACGAAGAGUAUGGCCCAAUCGUACGCAUUAAUCCUUAUGAAUUACACAUUAAUGAUGUAGAUUAUUAUGAUGAGUUAUACGCGGGCAACACGAGAAAACGUGAAAAAUAUCCAUGGUUUGUUAGUGCUGGUGGUUCUCCAGGAAGUUCUUUUGAAACCAUAGGACAUGACCUCCAUCGUCUUCGAAGAAACGCUGUCAACCCUUUCUUCUCUAAGCGAUCUAUCGUGGCUAUGGAGCCGCUUAUCAAAUCAAAAAUCUCUCUGCUGUCUAAUAUAUUUCAGUCUCAUUUCACACAAGCAACCCCUAUCAAUCUUCGGGUGGUGUUCUCAUCGCUUACUUUGGAUGUGAUUUCUGAUUAUUGUUAUGGGGAAGCUUUCGGCGCUUUGACUGAUGAGAAUUUGGCUGAGAUAUGGAGCAAGACCCUUUCUCAAAUCAUGUCUAUAACAACUAUUGUGAUGCAUUUUCCUAUAGUGUAUAAAAUCCUAUCAUGCCUGCCUGAUAGCCUAGCUGGGCCGGUGUUGGGACAUCACAGAAACUCAAGAAAACAAGUGGCGCGUAUUUUGAAUCAUGAAGAUGUUGGAGGUCGUCAGAAUACAAUAUUCCAUGAACUUCGCGAUAGUAGUCUUCUUCCUCCAGAAGAAAAGACACUUAGGCGACUGGCUGAUGAUGGAAAUAUCAUGGUUGGAGCUGGAGGCGAGACCACAGCUCAAACUUUAGCCGUAUUGUUUUAUCAUCUCCUGGAUAAUCCCAAAAUGCUAUCGAGGGUCAAGGAUGAAAUUGGCACCUUGGGUGAUGACAUUACAUGGGGAAGAUUGGAAACCCUACCAUUCCUGUCGGCGGCCAUAACCGAAGCAUUACGCCUCUCAAGCGUGGUAACCUCGCGUCUUCCUAGAAUCGCACCCAAUGAAGACAUGAAGUUUCAGAAAUGGACAAUUCCUGCCGGUACACCAACAAGCAUGUCUUAUUAUUUGAUGCACUACUCCCCCGAAAUUUUCCCCUCUCCUAGUGAAUUCAACCCGAACCGCUGGCUUGCGGAAUCAGUUUCAAAAGAUUCGACCACUGGAGAUGCAGUGCGCAAACAUAGGUUGGACAAGUAUUUCGUCCCUUUUUGCAAGGGGACCAGAAUAUGUCUUGGCAUGAACCUAGCGUAUGCAGAAUUGUUUCUCACAACAGCGUAUAUACUCAAACGUUUUGAUCUUGAGCUUUAUGGAACUACAAAGAGAGAUGUGGAGAUCAAGAGAGAUCAUUUUGUUGCAGCGCCAGCGGCAGGAAGUAAAGGUAUUAGGGUUAUAGUCACGCAUGAUAAUGGGGAAUAA